AUGGAGCACUUCUUCAGCCAGCAAUGGAAGGAUCAAGGCAUCUACCACUUGAUCAAGCUGUUCGAUCGGCCGCUCGUCAUGGACCGGUCACUUUUGGCCGCGACCCUAUGCUUCUGGUCGUCGGCCACAAAUACUAUGAACCUCCGGUUUGGCAUGAUGACGCCGACCGUUCUGGACAUGGCCGCCCUAUUCGGACUCUCUCCCCUUGGCGUGGAAGUAAAUGCCGCUCUGGUGGCCCCUGAGGCUGAAGGGAGUUUUAAGGCCGCAUGGCCUACGGUCGCCAAGCUUGCUGGGAGUAAAGCGAAGAACAUGCUCAACUACUCCAGCUUCUACAGCAAUUUCGACGUGGAGGACAGCGCCGAUGAUGAUUCCAUCGCUCCCUUGGGCGAGGUCGAGCAUGCCGCAUUCUUACUGUACUGGCUAUGCAAGUUCGUGUUUUGCACCCAGGCGAACAAAGUCACCCUGGAGUUUGCCCACCUGGCCGACUAUCUUACGUAG